AUUACACUUGUUAUUUCCUUUUUUUCUGAGGCGCCGAGAUCUCUCAGUGGCACGUCAAGUCACUUUCCAAGGCCGUAGAAGAGGAAGAAGAAGAGGAGGAAGAAGAAGAAGAAGAAGAAGACCCUCCUGUGCAAGCCCGUUACUCCUGCCACUCCCUUCCUCGUGACCAACAGGUAGUGGAGUGGAGACCAGCAGAAACGUUACUCCUCAGUGUGUACGCCAUUAGUACAGAAGAGGAGUGGCAGUGUUCUGAGAGUUUACCUGGAGACCUGUUGUGCCGCUGACCUGUCCAUGCCCUCACCUUGUUUACCUGUGUCCUUGUUGAUUACCUGGCCUGCUUACCUGUCCUGCCUGGUGCUGAGUGACAGGCCAGUGGUCAGCAGGGAGCAGCAUGGUUGGUGCAGACACACAUGGUAGCAGCGCGGAAAGAUGAAGGCAGGAGAUGUGUGUCGAUGCAUUUCUAAUUUCAAUGGAAUAUCCUCUGAGGAGCUAACCCUCUACAAGAAUGACAUUGUCCAGGUCCAUGAGGUGGUGGACAGACACUGGGUGAGAGGGGAAGGGGGUGGGUCAGUUGGCCAGGUCCCCUCCAGUGUUUUGGUCAAGAUUAAUGAAUUCCCUCCCCACCCUCCUCACCAGCCCCUCUUCGUUGCCUCUGCAGAGUUCAUGCCGUCACAGCCCGGGGACCUUGGCCUGUCCAGAGGGGACUUUGUGGUGGGCCUUAACCCUAUUGAUGAGUCAUGGUGGUGUGGAGAGAAGUGGGGCAAGCAGGGCAUAUUUCCCAUCAACUUUGUGUGGCAAAUCAACAAGGACAUUAUCCAGGUAGAAGAUACUUCAGAGAAGGAGGUCAGGCUGCAGGGUCGUGUUAAGACCAGCAUCAAGGCACAGCUUCCUGAGGAGCUUGACCUUUAUGCAGGUGACCUGGUCACUAUCACUCACAUUGUUGACAAGGACAUGUACAGAGGAGAGAGUAAUGGGGCCACAGGAAUCUUUCCAAAGAAUUUUGUGGACAUAGUGAGUGAAUCUUCAGUGCCUUCCCCUCCUGUUGUGAAACCAAAGGAGAGCAGUUUUAUGGUUAGUGAUACCCCCUCAUCACUUUCCCUGACUGGAGGAACUUCAUGUGACUUAAUGUCAGCAACUUCUUAUGACAACGGUACUUCUGCACAUCCUCAUCCAGCAGACUCAGUGCCAUCUUUACUGGGAGGUUCUUCCUCCUCCACCCACCACUCCAUUGGUUCAGCACCCCCUUCAGAUGCCACACUCACCUCAACCUCAGCCUCGCAGCCUGUUAUGGACAGGACUGAGCCCACAGUGCGUCUCUCAAACACCUCAUCAGCCUGGAAAACCAUUGAUGCUGGAGAUGAUGAUCUCUUUGAUGACGACUACUUCAGGCAGAAUAUGCCUAGCUUGUUUUCUCCUAAAGGAGGCAGUAGUAGUGUGCCUCCAGCCCACACCAAUGAUACUACUUCAUCUUUAAGUCCAGCCAGUGGUGCCUCAGUGUCUCUCCCCACGACAGGUUCAAGGUAUGAAAAUAUUCCUGUCUCUGUGCACUCAGAACCCUCCCCUGUCACUCUUACAUCUCAUUGUCUUAGUGAAGGAAAACCAGACAAAUAUAGGUAUGAAAAUAUUCAAGCAGAGGAAUCAUAUGGUCCUAGGGAGGAUAAUGAUGAGGUGAUUGGGGGACCAAACCUCAGUGCCUUCUUGGAGGAAGAGAAGAUGAACAGUCUGUCCCAGAAGGUAGAGGAUUACCUCUCCUAUAACCUACAGGAGGAGGGUGACACUAAACCUGGGAUGAGCUCUUCCACUGGCCGCACAUCCCAUGCCUGGGCCUGCAGAGGCCCCUCAUACACUGAGGACAACACAGGCAUUGAACCGUAUGGCCGGGCAGUGUUCUCCUUCAAGGCACAGUACCCAAAUGAAUUGACCUUCAAGAAGGGCGAAAUAGUCCACCUCCUGCAGCAUGUGGAUUCCCACUGGACAUUAGGCCGUGCAGGGGAUGCCAAGGGCAUAUUUCCCACUUCAUAUGUGGACAUCAUAGUGGAUUGUCUCCAUAGUGAGGAACAGCAUUUCCUUACCAGGCCAGAGGCAGCUCCAUCAGCCUCACAGCCUGUGCAGGUAGUGGCUCAAUACGACUUCCAGGCUGUGCAGGUUGGGGAUGUGUCCAUGAAGAAGGGAGACACCCUCACAGUACUCAAAGAAGUAGAUGCCAACUGGGCUAUUGUGGAGAACAUGACUGGCUCCAAGGGCAUGUGUCCCAAGAAUUACCUGUCCUUCCUGAAAGACAGAGAGUCACCAGGGGUGCAGGAAUCACAGAGCCAAACUCCAGACUCCACCCCAGACACUUCAGAGCAGCGAUCAAGAAUGUCUCACCAGGACUCGGCACACCAACGCUCCAGAAGUUCUUCUCCAUUCAGUGCCUCAUGGCAGCGUCGGUCGUACAACAAAGAUGACUUUGGGUCCAUCAAGAGGCAAGAUGUUGAGCCAGUAUUGGCUAAGAACAUAGCCUCCCUAGAUGCUGCCACCAAGGCUUCUGUAUGCCAGCCUGAGAAAAAGGUUAGUGAGAGUGUUUUUGUACAGAGGGAGAUGUCUCCAGCAGAGGAACAGGAGGUGGAAGGUCAACAGAGUGCAAGGAGGCCAAAACCAAUGGCCCUUCCCAGACAGAGUAAGAUCCCUCCUGAACAGACCGGUGCUGGCACAGAAAUUGGUAAUAAAUUCCAUGAAAAGGCUGACAGUAGUAUCAAAGCCUCCUCCCCUCCUCCCAUUACAACAACCACACCUUCCACCACAGUGUCAGCUACCUCUGCAAUCACAGCUUCUACCAACUCUGCAGCAACAUCUUUAACUUCUUCCACAACCACUGCCACCACUGCUGCCACAGCCUCUGCCACCUCAUCAAGAAGUGGGUCCUUCUCUUCCAGCCGGCCGGCCCCACCACCCCUCCUUCCCCCACGAACAAAAGUAUUCACCAGAAGUAACUCACUGCAGUCUGAUUCAGCUACUGCUUCAGUGCUUAGGCCUCCUCCUAGACCUCCGCAGCCUCUCAGUCAGCCUGAUCCAAAGCCUUGCCAAACACAGCAACAGCCUCCCAGCCUGCCACAGCCACAGCCUUCCAGCCAAACACACUCUAAUGAAUCACAGCCAGAGCCUCCCACCCAAACUGAAUCCUCUAAUGAGUCACACCUGCAAUCUUCCAGCCAACCACAUCUUCCUAGUCAACCACAAUCCUCCAGCCAGCCACAGCCCACGCCUUCCAGUGAACCAGUUUAUUCCCAAGUGAAGAAGCCACUAAGAAGGAGUCGAGAGAAGGAGGAUGGGAAGGACUCGCCUUCAGGAACGCAGCACUUGAAUGACAGCGUUAACAGUACUGCAAGCUUCCCUGAUGACCUGUCUCGGCUCUCUGUGGCCAGUGAAGCGAUUUACUAUUCAGAGACCAGCCUGGGAAGCAGCUCAUCGGGCCUGGUUCCUCAGCGUCCUGCCCCUCCACCCCCGCCAAAGCUCCCAGACAUUCAGGACCAAGAGGAGCAGUACUACUCCCUCACUCCUCACGAGCCAGAAGCAACUGAGAGUCAAGCUGCAGAGAUGACAGAGGCAAAGACCGUUGAGGAUGGGAAAGACAUGGAUACAGAAGAGGUUGCUGAGGAGGGGGCACCUGAACCCAGAAGGCACCAUCCCAGCAUGCGUCGUGUGGUGGUGCAGGAGAUCGUCACCACGGAACAUGAGUACAUCCACGACCUCGAGGCACUGAUGCAAGUAAUCCAGCUGGCAUCCUCCCGGCCAGGUGGCUCACAAGGGGUGCACCUGCCAUCACUCAUGGGCAACAUAACAGAGAUAUUGGUGGUCGCCAAGAAAUUUGCCAGAUUGUUGGAUCAGGCCGCUUAUGGUGAUAAUGAUGAGGAGGUGUGUGUGGGGAAGGUUUUCCUGGCCUGUGCUGAAGAGCUGUGCCAGACCUACAAGGUGUAUUGUGCAAACCACAAUGUCACUGUGGAGCCACUCAUGAAGAAGUAUGAGCAAGAGCCUGAGCCAGCUGCCUUCCUGAAGUGGGUGCUGGAGGAACUUCAGCAGCAUAAGAUUCAGCUUUUGGAUAUGAGAUCAGUGCUCAUCAAGCCUCUCCAGAGAGUGUUGAAGUACCCUCUCUUCCUGGACCGGCUGGUGAGGGAGACAUCAGAGCACCACCUGGACCACAAGGACCUGGUGGAGGCCAAGACUGCCAUGGCCAACACUGCCAAGGAGAUCAAUGAGUACACCAAAAGACUCGACUUAGUUAACAAGUACCGAAAUGAAAGUGACCAGUCCCUGCAAAGCAAGAUGCAGAGAGUCUCACUUCAUUCAGUUGCUAAGAAGUCAGCAAGAAUCUCCACCUUGGUCUCAGAAAUGCUUGGAAUCAUGGUACAAACAAAGGACCCUGAAUUCGAUGAGGAAGUCGCUAAUUUCCGUUCAGUGCAGCGGUGGGCGACAGCAAUGUCCCAGGACAUAGAGGGGCUGCUGCAGGGAUUGAAAGCAAGGCACAGGGCAGAGCUGGGAGUGGUGAAGGGCCUUGUGGACACCCUGCUCCACCCUGGCUCAGAUGUGGAGGCGCUGCACAAGGUUGCAGCAGACUCAGUAGGGAGACUGUUUGAGAUGUUUGACAAUAUUGUGAGGCAGCGAGUAAUAUUGCCAACCAAGCAGCUGGUGGGGCUCUGUGAAGUACCUGACAGACUUAUUCUCAAGCGGAAUGAUAAGCUGCUGGAUUAUGACAAUGCGCAGUACAAAGUGGACCGCAACAGGGACCCCACACGGACCAGGAUUCUGGAGGAGGAGCUGUCUCAGGUGCAGGGGACGUACAGCGCCCUCAACACCCAGCUGAUGAUGGAGCUGCCGGUGCUGACCAGGUGUGGGAUAGAGGUUCUGAGUCUUGCCACGCGCUCUCUCAUCUCUGCCCGCAUGUACCUGCAGGGACACCUGGCUCGCCUCUACCUUAAUCUAGCACAGGCUCUUGGGCUGGCGUUGACGGGGGACGUGGAGGACAUGCUCACACAGUUCCGGGUGAAGUAUCUGCAGCAGGUCGGGGAGUUCCGUCAGCUGAGCUUCCUGCCAGCCGAUUCUCUCCAGUGGUCACUUCCACGGGCCAAGGGCCGUCCCCGCAAGAGUCUAGAUGGGGGGGCAGCCAAGAGGGAGCAGACGGAGGCGGCCAGGACCAAGGUUGUGGGGCAGUAUCCAGGAGAGAUGGUGUAUGUGGUGCGGGAGGUCCACACGCCAGCGGAGGUGAUGGAGCUCACGCUGUACCCAGGUGACCAUGUGGCACUCCUCAAGAAUAAGGACCCUCUUGGCAGGACAGACCGCUGGUUCGUCGAUGAUGGAGAUAACAAGGGCUUUGUGCGGGCCUCCUGCUUGAAGCCCAUGCUUGGUUCUGAGGGAGGAGCAGGUUUUGUCGCUUCUAACCCUCCUGCAUCAGCUGAAACGGCAGCCAUGCCCAUUCGACCAGUGGCACCAAGUGGUUCACCACGACCCUCCACUCUGCCCCGGCCAGCCCCAGCACCCCCAGAGCAGGCACCACCCCGUUAUGAGGACAUCUUCCCUGUAGAGCCCUCCACGCUGCCUCAUGGCCCAGGCUACCCUCAGGCACCCCCUCCCCGUUACUCUUCAGGGGAGACACUUUCUGCUUCCUCCCAGCUUCCCCUGCCAUCCAAGACAGAGCUCUUGCCUCCCACUGGUGGGGAACUGCAGCUAGUGGGAGACGGGAACUACUACUCUCCACCCAUGGACCGCCAGCAGUCUGGGGAGUACACUUCACCUGUCUCGGAGGAAAACAACAUUUACGAGGAGAUUGACCAGGGGGCUGGGGAAGGCAGAGAUGAAGGGGGAGCAACAGGGGAAACUGACACCAGUCCCAUCUAUGAGGUGAUUAAGGAUGGCGAGAUCCUGAAGGACCCAGCGGACCUGCCACCUGUGCCUGGGGAACCUCAGUUCUACUAUGCACUCUACAACUUCGGUGGUUCAGAUGCUACACAGCUAAACCUGGUGGCGGGGCAGGUUGUGCUGGUGCUCCAUGCUGUCUCCUCUGACUGGUGGUUUGUAGAGGAACGGUCAGGAAAACAAGGCUAUGUCCCUGCCUCCUACCUCACCAGGUACUCCUGAAGGUUUCUUGCUGUCCUAAAUAUGCCCCUUCACCAUCUUCAUAAUUUCAACUUAAAGUAACAUUUACCACAACUGCCACUACUACUACUACUACUAUUACUACAAACAACAAAAUAAGGGGCUUCAUUGUCAGUUUUUUACUUUUCUAUUUUAUAUACUUCUGAAAAUGUCAUAUUUCUGCUCUUUACCUUUUUGUGACAAGCACUAUUGUGACCACUACAAACCUCAUGACUACUGUUACUAGUUCCUCUUCAUCCUUGGUGCCUCAUCGCUAGGUUUUAAAAAGUGUGUAAUCUCUUUCGUGGAUGUUCCUCAUUUCUAAGAAUGUAAAGUAUUUUCAGUGAGUCAUGGCCCUCUAAAGCACACUGCCUUGUUCAAAAUGCAUCCUGUUUUCCAUAUAUAAAAAAGUUCUGUGUACUCUGGAGUGUCAACAAAAAGGUGAUGAGGCAAAACUACUAAUUUCCAUGUGAGGCCUUACAUACUCCAUUUUUUGCAACCUUAUUAUGAUUGUUUAGUGUUAUAUUGUGUGUGUUUUUGCACCUGUUUGGAAUUAUUUUCAUAUUUACUAGUGUUUUCUCGCUUUACUCUAUGUUAAGGAGAGAUGUGACAUUUGUUACAUUUAAUGCUAAGAGAAUUAGCCUAUAUAUUUAUCAUGUCAAUUACUGUAUGUAUAAGUUGACAUUGCCAGUGUCAUGGUUAAUGUAGAGGGCAGCAAACCUUUCCUUGUUGGCUCUAAAGAUCAUGCAUAGGAGCUUUGGAAAGGGAAUGUGGGCUGUACUGCUUUGUAACUUUCUUUUAUUGGUGUGAUUUAUAUUGUCUCAAUUACCAAAGAUAUACUCUUAUGGAUCUGAUUUUUAGUACAACUUGGCUUGUUGUCAAACUGUGAACUGUGUUCCAGGAUACUUAGGGCAACUUAGUGACAUGAGUUAAAUUGAACAUUUCUUAGUCAACAAACAUAACCCCCCAAAAAAACAAGGCAGAGUUUUUUUCAGUAUUUCUAUAUUUCUGUCUUAUGAUCUAUCUACCAGAAACAAGCAGAAAGAGGUGGAUGUAAAAUCUAGAAAAGGCCUUAAUUUUGCAAUAAUCUGGGAAAGACUGUCAGUGUUUUCAGGAUUUAGGAUUCAAGACUGCUGGUCCAGGUGCCACAUGAAUGUGUUGCAGGAAGGGAAUGUUAGCCCUUCAAAACACAGAGCUUUGCCUUUAGAAAGUUGUAUUGUCCAAAUGUUACAGAUAAAGCAGAAUCAUAUUUGCUGCCUCUGUAAAAAUUGCUAGUAACAGCCAUGGGGGAGGGAGAUCAUCCCAAGGGUUUUCAAUCUUGUGUGAUGAAUCGGUAAAGUGAAAAUAUUAUCUGUGAUUUCUAAGCACUCAAUGCUUUCAAGGCAACAUUGCUCAAUUAGAAAAUAUCCAACCCAUUGGAUAGAUUUUCUAAGACAUUCUGCCAUGUUCUUGAAGUGUAAAGUUAUAAAUUAAAUUUUAAGACCUAUAAACUCAUUAGGUACUAAUUUUUUUGCACUUUGAUAUAUAUAUACUUAUAUAUUCAUAUACAUAUAUAUUUAGAUGAAUGCUUUCAAUAUUCUUUUAUUUUUUGUAUAUAAUGAAGUAUUCCAAUGUUAUAUGUGUAGCCAUUAAGUGUUGGCUAUUCUCACUCCUACCUACUAGUCAGGGGUGGGACACUUGUGUGUAUGCUGCUGUGUUGUGACUCACUAGUAUGGCAGGCCUGCUGCUUACUUAUGUAUGUGAUAAUACUUUUAGCUUUUAUGUGGCUGCUGAGGUGCAGUCCUGGUCAUUAAGGAAAGGAGCUGAUAACACUGCUUACCAUUUUUUUAUUUUGUUAGGUAUAUUGUUAAAACACUCCGCCAAAUCACGUGUGAUUUUAUACUUUUGUGAGCAGGUAAGUCCUUAGUUUUAUGUCAAAUCCUGAAUGUUUAGUUUUGAGUGAAUGUCUGAAGUGUAUGGUGGUUGAAACACUCACUGAUUCAGGGCCUGAUCUGAAAUUCAUAAUGGAAGUUGAGAAAACAAUGAAGUACAUUGUGUUUCACAUCAAAUUGUGAGUCAGUCAGUAUAGAGAAUUUUAUCUUUCUUAUGUAUGAAUCGUGCAGAUGUGUGUUUAUGCCCUUAACUUCAUUGCUUCUUUUGUGAUUGUUUCCUCAGUUAAUUGUUCUUGGUGGCAUGCAUGGAUCCCAUCAGCCUGAUUUCACAAUUUAGUCUAAUUUGAUGGGAUACAUUACAAACUCAAGUUCAUAAGUAUGUAUGCAAAUUUCUAAUAAGAGAAGUAAAGGGUGUCAGAUACCAUUGAUUUUAUACUGAAAUGCUUAAAUGAACGUUCUUAUUUUAUAUUUAAGGAACCUUUGCAUUCAUUCAUUCAUUCAGUCUGAGGAACUGCCAUGUGUUACAUUCUCUACUAGUUAUCACUUAGAUUUUUAUUCUUUUAUUAUCUCAUAACAUAAGUUGUUAUUUUAGGAGGUUGUAGUUGAGGGAUCUGAUUUAUUGCUUCAUCCAUGGGUUUGUUAUAUAUCCUGGGGACCAUGCAGGAUUUGCUAAGUUGCCCCGUCUGAGAGUACUCCAUGAAAUUUUAGAGUAAGAGGAAAGGAGGCAAUCAAUUCUAUAGGUAAAAAUUGGCAGUUAAACAAGCUUUCACCAAGGAUACUAUUACACACAAUUCAACAUAAUUCAUCCUAGGUCUAUUUCCUAGUGCUCAGUAGCAAAAUAUUGUGCAUAGCAGAAGUCAAGGAGUGCAGUGUUACAUGCAGCACUGUGUUGCGCAGAACCAUGGGGUUGAAAAUGCCUGCAGGUUCACAUUCAGAUCACUCCUUGAUGCAGCUUGAAAAGAGGUUAUAUUGGGACUAAUUUUAUGAAGUGACCCUUUUUUUACCCUCAGUGGACUGAGACUACAUGUAUGCUAGGAAGAUUAUUUUUGUCCAACCUUAGAAUAUGGUUUUCAAGAGUAAUUUAAUUGUACAACCUGAGAAGGAUAUCUUGACAACAUCAUCAAGCCACUAGUUGUAUGUUCUGGAGGCCUUCCAAAGCUGUGUAUACCUUUUAUUCUUAUAUUAAACUUUUUAUGUUUUAUCCCA